AUGGUCAUCUACAAAUCCAACGUCAAAGUGGAUAUUCCCCGAGAUCUAAACCUCACUGAACUUCUGCAUUCCAGCGCAAGAUCGCCACCUGUGCCGGAGAACCACAUCGUUUUCGAAGAUGACCUACAAGGCCGACGUCUUAGUAUCGGUGACCUUCGGAGAAAUGCAGGAGCAAUCGCAUACGCGCUGAAGGAGCGCUAUCGUCCGCGCGAUCAGAGUCGAUGGACGGUGAUUCUUCCAAAUUGCGUGGCAAUUAUCGAAGCAGCUCACGCAGUUCUAUGGCUUGGUGGUGUUUUCUGCCCGGUUAAUCAUCAACUACCGGUUCAAGACUUCACUCACGCACUGUUGCUCACAGAAUCCGAGUAUAUCAUAGCUUACGGACCCAUUAUCAGAAAGGUUGAAAAAGCCAUUGAGUCGGCAAGACAGAAAAACCCCAGCUUUCCAAGGCCCCAAAUCAUAGUGGCAUUGGCGGCAAAUCCUAGUCCUCCCUACAAGGACCUCUACCAGGACAUAGCUUACGAGAAGAGUCUACCAGUGCCGCACUAUGACAACACAGAAGACCGGAUAGCCAGCAUCCAUUUGUCCUCAGGCACGACCGGUCUUCCAAAAGGAGUCAGACUCUCACAUCUAAACUACGUUGCCAAUGUGCAUCAACUUUGGACACACGAUCCUAAUCGUUGGACUCCAGAAGAGUCUGUUCUCUCAUUCACACCGUUUGUGCACCUCGCCAAUGGCACGAUUCCCUUCUUCCUAGGGCCCUGGACAGGCAUGCGGCAUAUUAUCAUGACUUCAGUCGACAUAAACGAAUUUGCGAGGACAGUACAGAGAACAAGACCAACCACCGUUCAGAUUGUGCCUCCUGUCGCACGACAACUCUUCCUGAAUGAACUUGACAAAACCUACGACUUCUCUAGCGUGAAAAGAGCCACCGGAAGCAUUGGAAAGGCCACCACUGCAGAAGUAGACAGGUACUUUGGACCUGGAAAAUGGACGCUCCUGAACAUGUACGGUAUGACCGAGGCCGCUUGUUGGAUUGCGGCAAACAGGAUCACCGAUCGUGUGGCACCGGAUGAACUUGGACCAAUUCUCCCAGGCAUGGAGGCAAGACUCAUGAAGGAUGACCGUACGGAUGCACCUGCUGGAGGGCCCGGAGAGCUCUGGCUCCGAGGAACAAACAUUACCAAGGGCUACCUGAAUAACGAAAAGGCCAAUACCGAAGCCUUUCCUGAGGAGGGUUGGUUCAACACCGGUGAUGUUGUUUCCGUCUCUGCCCAGGGUGUUUUUAAGCUUGCUGGACGCACUAAAGAGCUUAUCAAAUACAAUGGAUUCCAAGUGAGUCCUACCGAGCUUGAGCAGUACAUCUCCGGCCACCCUGCCGUCGCUGACUGCGCCGUAACUUAUACACUGGACGCGUACAAGGUAGAGUUACCAACUGCGUACAUUGUGUUGAAAGACCAUGGCCAAGAAAAGGCGACAAAGCUCGCACAGCUUCGCGAAAUCCACGAGAGCGUGGACAGACAAGUGGCAGGCUACAAAAAGCUUCGAGGGGGUCUGUCCGCCAAAGCUCAGCUACCAGACUACGACUAUGACGCAGCCAGGGCAUGGUACAAGUCCUACAAAGCCACGGAGUCUCUACAGGGGCUAGGAGAGGUAACUUACAGUCGAUCCAGAGGCCCUGGUGGUCAGAAUGUGAACAAAGUCAACUCAAAAGCACAAUUACGCGUGCCUGUAGACGGCCUCCUCGCGUUGCUCCCCUCUGUCCUGCACAAGGGGAUUCUCUCAUCGAGAUACUACGCGGAAAAGUCGUCCAGCCUUGUCAUCCAGGCAGACGACAGCCGCAAGCAGCAAGCUAACAGAGACACGUGUUACCGCAAGCUCAACGAACUCAUUGUGGAUGUGUACAAGCACAACGUGCCGGGUGAAACAACGGAGGAUCAGAAAGAGAAGGUGCAGAAGUUACAAAAGGCAGAGAACGAAGCGAGAUUGAAGAGGAAGCAUCUGCAGUCGAGCAAGAAGCAAUCUCGGUCCAAGGGUAGCUUGGACUGA